GCCUACGUUGUAGCUGACUGAUUGACUGACUGACGCGUAGAAACUAAUUUGAUUAAAACAACACUAUUGAAUGUUCAAUGUCAUUUAAUCUUCAUCAAACACAUUAUACAUCUAUAAAAACAACCUUUAGAAAUUCUGCAAAACUUUUAUUACCAUCUAAGGCAUUAUCUAACAAACAUUAUAAGAGUAAAUUAAUUGUGGCAGAUACUACUGGUGAUAUACAUUCAUUUCAAUAUAUUAAUGGAUUAAAGCAUACAAAAUUUUCUGUGGGAUCACCAAUUACAUGUAUUUGUAUUGGAACAUAUCAAAAUAAUGAGAAACAACGUAUUAUUAGUGUUUGUCAUAAUUUUAAUAUAUCUGGAUUUACAUUAAAAGGAAAACAAAUUUUUGAAUAUCCUUCAACUAUUCAAGGUCAUGUGAAUUCAAUGUUUAUACAAUCUACAAAUAUUUAUUAUACUGUAGGAUGUAUGUAUCAACAAUUAAGAAAUUUUAAAGAUACUGAAUUUCUUCUAUUACCUGAUAUUAUUACAAGUAUAUAUGUGAUUAAUAAUGAUGCUACAUGUUCAAUACCACUUGUUGUUCUUGCUUGUAAAGAUAAAUUAAUACGUAUUUUGAAAAAUGGUGUACUGUUAUGCGAAUUGGAAAUUUCUAGUUCACCAGUCACCAUAAAUAGAGCGCAUAAAAGUUAUCCAUCAAAUUAUUUAAUGUAUGGAACAUCAGAAGGUUAUUUUGGUCUUUUUCAAGUGAUAAGUGAAAAUGUCACAAGAAUAUGGGAAGCCUCAUCAAAAUUUGGUACCAGUGAAAUUCUAUCACUGGAACAUUAUGAUAUGUUGAAUUAUGACAAUAACAAAAACAAUAGCAAUGAUGAUGAUAGUGAAAAUACUGAAGAGAUAUUAAUUGUUGCUUUUACAAGUGGAAGAAUCGAACUGUAUAAAUAUGAUCAACAUAAAUAUCCAUUACUGAUGUAUGAAACGAAAGUGAAUUAUCACUUAACAUCCGUGAUGGCUGGUCGAUUUUCUAAUGUAAAUUAUCCGGAACUUUUAUGCAUUACAUAUACUGGUUUGGUUUUUGGUUUAACUACACAACCAAUCAGAAAAGAAACAUUCUUCGAUCAACCUGACGUAAUGGAACUUCAGUUUAUGUCAAAAGUGGAUAAAUUAAAUGAAGAAAUUUCAAAUUUAGAAAAUCAAUUACAACUAAUGAAAUUGAAUCAAAAACAAAUUGAAAAAGAACAAAUUAUUUUAAUACCAUUAGAAUUAGAUUAUAAAUUUUAUUUAAAUAAAGACCUAUCUGUAUAUUGUUUAAAUAUAGAAACCCAAAUACCAAUUGAUCAUAUAUUAAUACAAAGUAAUUGUCCAAUUGAUUUAUUCGAUAUUGAAGAGAAUACAGCUGUAAGUAGUUCAAGUGAAUGUACAAAAGAUGACGGUAAUGCAUUAUUGACAACGUAUCGGUGCCAAGUGAAUACAACACGGUUUGACAUUCAAUUUCGUACGGUUGAAGGUCAUUACGGUCAUGUAUCUGUGUAUGUAGUACCAAAAAUAAAUUUAUCAAAUAUGGUUACAUGUAAAUGUAUUAAGCUAUUAAUACAUCCAUUAUCAUUACAUUGUUUAACUCAUCAUAUAGAAGAUGAACCGUUAAAAAGAUAUUGGAACCGUUUACAACUAACUGGAAAUUUCUCUUUAACGGAAAUGCAUAAUUGGUUAUCUAUGUGCUUACCUGAAACCCCUGAAAGGCCUACAUUAAUUAAUUCGGAUACAAAACAAGGUGAUGAAAAUGACAAUCGCGAUUGUGAAGAAUCUGCGCAACUGUUCUAUAAAUCAAUUUAUCUUAAAAGUCAAUUGAAAUGUGUCUAUGCAAAAGGUUAUGCUAAUCUCCAAUCGGACAAUCUCUCUACAAUUGCUAUAUUGAAAGAUGUCUUAACUAAAGAAGCUACUAGAAAGAAAAUUCAAUUAUCAAUUAACUUAGGUACUCUUCAUUAUCUUGUUAUCAAAUUUGGAAGUUGAACCGACUUGUACUCAAGUUAGUCGGUAUAACUAAAAAGUGGUAGUUAUGUCAAAAUAAUUUUUGUAAGAAGUUUAAACUACUUGUCUAAUAUAUAAGUAGUUAAAUUGUAUCAACUGUUUAAUAACAAUGUAGCACAUGUCUCUUACUAGAAACAUUCGUGAACUUUAAUUUCUUGUCAUUUCAAUCGCUUCAUAUAGUUCCUUUUCAUGGAAAACGAAGAUUUUUAUAUCAUUGGUGUACAUAAUGUUAUCGCUACUGAUAGAAAGUUUUGAAAAUAUUCAAAUGGAUAGUAUAGAAUAUAUGUUAAGAAUGAUUGAUACCAAACUAGUUUAUCUUAAAGAAUUAGAAAAGAAAGUGAAGUUAAUCAAACCAAUAACAGAGUUAAUCUCAAAUGAAAUUCAAUCUAUCAAUAGAAAUAAUGGUUUAUUUAGACAAAUUACUCCAAAUGAUAAUCCAUUACCACCCGAUUAUUUACCAUUAGAAUAUGUACAAAUAUGGAGAGAUUCAAAUAAAUUAAAACAAGAAUUCAAAUAUCAAUCAUGUCAAUUAAAUAGAUAUUAUGAGUGUAUUGUCAGUCUCUACAUUGAUAAACAUCGUUUUCAAGGGAAAGAUGUAAGCUAUAGAAAGAAUGAUUUAUUUAAACUAUUGGAAAAUUAUAAUCUGGAUAAACUAAUUGAAUAUUUUAACCAAGAACUAUCUGUAUAAAAUCUGUCUUUUUUCGCUUGUUUGUUAUUUUUUGAGCGAUAUCUUUAUAUUUAUAUGCUUGUAAUGAUUGAAUUUUAUGGUAAAUACAUUAACU